AUGACGGAACAGAAAGAAAUCGGUGAGUUCGUCGGGUCGCCAUCGAAUGUGGUCACUUCCUCCCUACCCCUCGGUACCCUCCCACCUUUGAAUGACGAUUUCUGGGAUGAUUGUGAAUCUGAGAUAUCGAUAUUACCCGAUUUACUGUCUAAACCAGGAGCCAUUGGUUGUGGCGAUAUUCAGCUGAAUGACGGGUUCGAUGAACUAGUUACCUACGUGGAGCAGAAGUCCCAGGACAGACAACAGUCUGAACAGACAGAGGUGCCGGUCCAGACAGGUGAACACGACGGCGAUGUUGAUCAUGUUCACAUUUCAGGCCAGAUACAAACAAGCAUGAACAGACAUUGUUAUCACCAACUGGAUGUUAGUCAACACAAUUUGAUGCUUGAAUCAAAUACUUCAUCACCAGCAUUGUCCAAAAAUGCAAUUGCUGCAAGAGAAAAUAGAUUGAAGAAAAAGAAAUAUGUUGAAAACUUAGAAAAGUCUUUCACAACAUUAAAUGAAGAAAAUAUUACUUUAAAAAGUAAGGUCGAGUCGUAUGAAACCACAAUUGCCAGGCUAAAUUCUGAGGUGGCUUAUUUAAAAAAUGUUCUGAUAAAUCAGUCCACAUUGUCCGCAUUGCUGAAAAAUAUACAAAGCACACCUGGAAUUAAAUUUAAAACGUCUUUGCCAACCACUUCCAGUAGCACUUUGACUGAGAAAAAUAAAAGUGAUAGUGUUGAUGAUAAUCAGAAAAAUAUCUAUUCAAGUCUUCGGAGAUCAAAGCGAAAAAGUGCGGUUAGUAAUUAUGAAUCUGAGAAAAAGGUGAGAAAAGUGCUGUCCGAUACUGUUAUUGAAAGCACUUCUUAUCAAGGUAUGAUACAGAAAGUUCCUGCGGUAAGCAAUGAUGACAUGUCGGCAGAAAGUGUGAGAAACAAAUCUAUAUCGGCUGCACCUGAAUCUGCAGAAGGAAUGGAUGAUUGUCAAAUUACAUCAAGUCAGCGACUUAAUGGAGGUGUAUGCUUGCAUGUCACAGGAGAAAUGGUCUCAUUAGAGUUUUGCCAGAAAUGCAAUAAAAACUCUCAGUCUGACCUCAUUUUUAAUGACCAUCCCUACUUCCGACUUUCUCAUGACAGUUAAAAUAAAAUAAUUAAUGUUUAACUUGAUGUACUGUAUAAAUGUUUGACACAGUAUUUUCCUCCAGCAAGUUUAAAGAUGGUCAACUUUUGUAACUUUGAUAUCAUACCUGUUUUAAGGUGUAUGCUUACUUUUAGGUUUUUUGUUUGUUUGUUUGUUUGUUUACUGCAGCUAGCAAAUCCAACUUUAAUAUUUGACUUAAUAGAGAUUUUAAACAUGAAACUGAUGAAUUUAACAAAUUUGCUUGUUAAUUGCCAAUUAAGAUUAGGAGGUUUUGGGUUGGUAACUAUGGAUUGGUGUAUUUCAUGUCAUAAUGUGCUACCUGCAAAUUUGUUGUUCAGUAUGUUUGUGUUUACAUGUAUUGCUAUAAUGUACAGACAAUGUGUGUCUGUACAAGUUGGUACUUACGUUUAAGUGUAUUCAUGAUAUGAAUGAUGUGAUGGCAAUUCUGUCAGUAAACCUAUCCUUAUUUAUAAUUGUAACAUGUACAUAUAUAUAUAUAUAUAUAUAUCUAUGUACCGGUAAUAAACAUGUUUAUAGCCAAGAUAAUUAUGUUUACAGCCAAGAUAAUUCAAGUACAAAAUCCAAUUGAUAGUGGUAGUGAUUCCAUGUAUUUGUUCCAUUAUUAUAAAAUAAUCAUGCUGUUGGAGGCAUAAGAAUUAAACUGCUUUUAGCCAAGGGAUGGUAUUGUAUUUAUAUUAAUUGCUCAGCCAUUAUUGUUGCUGGUAAAAUGUCUAAAUUGAUAACAAAUACCAGGUGCAAGACAUUUGUCGUAGUGUUUGUGGUACAUAACAUGCACCUGUAGGCACUUUCUCAAAAGCAGGUUACACUGGAAAUUGGUGUGUAAAUAUUAUGUCACAUAUUUGUCUGUUUUGAUUGCAUCCAAAUUACGAUUAAACCAUACUAAUUUUCCCUAUUUCAUCAGACAUGGAACCGUGUCACAAUAUUUAGGAUAAAUCCUUGCAGUUUGUAACUGAUAGAUACUGUAGCAAAACUAGCAUAGAGACAUCCCUAUAUGUACAUGUAUAAACGUGGGAAAUUUGACAUGUUUAUGAGGUGGUGAUGCUUAAUUUUUUUUUAUAUAUAUAUACAUACAUACAUAUAUAUAUAUAUAUUUUCUAUCAAAUUGACAGUUUUGUUAUCUUUUCUUUAAAUAUUGAUCAAGUCAUUGUAAAUACACAUCUUCAUAUUAAUUAUUAUUUUGCACGUACAGUGUACAGGUGACCACUUAUUGAUAUGUUCACUGAUCUGUUUUGCCAUCAUAUCUGUUUUAUGCCAACAUUGAAUCUUUGUAUGUUAAACAAGUUUGUUUA